AUGGAUGGGGUUUGGAUAGAGUUACGGCGGAGGAAAAACAAUACCAGACCACACGGCGAUGCUAAUCUUGAGAAGUAUGGCAAUGAUCUUACAAACUACUACAUGACUAGAUUUCCAGAUGGCACGAGAAAGGAAGAACUUCGUAAGCCAUUUAGCGGUUUUGGGAAUGUAGUCGAUGUGUACUUCGACGACAAGAAAGAUUGCUAUAAGAGCUUUGCAUUUGUUAGGUAUCUGAAGGUGGACGACGCCAAACUGUUGGAAGAAAAGCUCCAAGAGAAGUCGUUAUCUCCAACGCCUAAGAUCCACCAUCUGCCACCCACCACAAUGAAGCCUCAUCCACCAUAUCGUCAUCAUCGGUCAAGAAAGAGGAUCGAGAAAGUACAAGUCAACGGAUGGUCCAUCUCAACCUUCCCUCCUCCAUCCAUUCUCUUUCCCUUUUUCCUUAUACCUGAAACUAGGUCACCAGACUAA